AUGGCUCAAUCCCUCCUUGCAACCCUUUUCUUCUCUUCCCCCGGCCCAUCCCCUUCCACAAUUCAACCGAUUCUCCCUUCCCGCAAAAAAUCGAAAAAACUCUCCACCGCUGCCAUUGUUCUAACCAUAAAGCAGCUGCAGCGGAGGAUCCAAGACUUCAACGACCAUAAAAAUCAGCUCACGGGGAAGAAGAAGAAUACUACGUUGACCAAUAUUAACGGCUACUUCUACUACUGCGGUGGAGGUCCGGCGGUGUUUGGGCGGCUUGGACUGAGAAGUUUCAACAAUGGAUGCGGCAACGACGACGGGGUAUUGGUAUUGGGGAUUAGAAGAAAUUAG